CGAGUCCGAGCUGGGAAGGAAGAGCCCGCGUUGCUCGCUCGCUCGCUCGCAUGCAGCUUUCCCACACGGCGCCACGCAUGCAGGAGCCCGGGCGCCGGCCCGUACCGCCGUUCGCGGGCGUCGACCUCCGCCGCCCCAGGGGCUACCCCGCUCCGGCGGCGAAGGAGGCGGAGGAGGAGCCGGCCCCAGCUCCGGCGCCGGGCGGCGACCCGUGCCCGCGGUGCGGGUCGCGGGACACCAAGUUCUGCUACUACAACAACUACAACACGUCGCAGCCGCGCCACUUCUGCAAGUCGUGCCGCCGCUACUGGACCAAGGGCGGGUCCCUCCGUAACGUCCCCGUCGGGGGCGGCACCCGCAAGAGCGGCUCCUCGUCCUCGGCCUCGGCCUCGGCAACGCCAACCUCGACCGGCGCCGCACCCAAGAGCCCGAGGUCGUCCAAGAACUCCAAGCGUCGCCGCGUCGGCCCGGCCCCGGCGCCGGACCCCGCCCCUGCCACCGCCACCGCCACCGCUGACGUCGCGAACACGGCACCGUCGACGGAAGCCGCAGCAGCAACGCGUGCCGCCUCGGAGAAGCCAGCCGCGACGGAACCCGCAGCGGCAACGGGUGCCGCCUCGGAGAAGCCGGCCGCGACGGAGCUCGCAGCAGCGGUUGUCUCCACGGAGAAACCUCCGGCGGCCGUCGGCGGUUUCACGGACACGUCUACUACGGUGCCCGAGAUCGGGCUCGCGGAUGUCUGCAGCGGCGGCGUGAAGGAGCUUGUGCCGGACCCGGGCCACUUCGAGUGGCCGUCGGGUUGCGAUCUGGGGUCCUACUGGGGCACCAGCGUGUUCGCCGACACCGACCCGGCGCUGUUCCUGAACCUGCCGUGAGCCGUGACAACGCCACGGCGUCCAUGCUCAACUAAUCAACCAUCACACGACCCACGAGAUAGAUGAGAUGUGAACCGAGCACGCUGAGCGUCAAGCUCUUGAAGGCUUGAAGCUGUGCUGUAGUUUCCUGAGCUUACUAGCGAUCUCUGCUUGUCUCUGAUCUGAUAAUCUCUUACUAGUCGCCGUUUGUGCUCCGAUCUAGUAACGGCUAACAUGGUCGGCUGUUACAAGUGCAUGAACCUGUGCUUGAUCUUGAGCU